AUGCGUCAAGUUGGAACCAAAUACUGCAUAGAUUCUGGAGUCCCACCAAGCCGACGCCGCCGCAGUGCUACUCCGGACUCUGCCGCGAAAUUAGAUGCCCAGGUAGAACAAUUCCCCGUUCCUACAAACAUUCCCGGAAUUCCCGGGAUCCCCGGCCUUCCAAGUUUGCCCAUUCCAUCUGUCCCUCUUCCAUCUCUUCCUAUCCCGACACUUCCAGUCCCAUCCUGGGUUCCUACAGCUAUUCCUACCGGAUUGCCUACAGGUUUACCAAGUUUACCAAUACCCACGGCCAUCCCUACUGUGAUUCCCACAGCCAUUCCUACCGCCAUUCCUCCAUGGCUAAUUUCUCUCAUCCCAACUUUACCACCCCUUCCAUCUAUCCCUUCUAUUCCAGGUAUCCCACCUAUUCCUACUCCAACGACUAAUGAGAAUAUGAACCAGGCCGAAGCUGCACCCAAUUCCAGACUGAUGAGAGGAAAGCAGAUAGCUUAG